GCCCUAGUGGUGAUAAUUUAAAAAACAAACAUGAACUUCUAUUCAAUGUAUAUUUAUCAUCACAUGUGUCGUCAUUCGACUUGAGUUUACUGUAAUAAGUAGUUGCAUUCGAAUUGUACUUGUCUCUUUCUAAUUUUUUCUAUCGUUUAAGUAAACUUUACUAGAAUCACAUUUCUUAAGUUUUCAAUACGUAUGAAAUUUUGCAAGUGAAUAUUAAUCUGAUCGUUUGAUCUCUUAUUACAAACUUAUAUUAUGUUCAAGAAUCAUUCAAGCGAUAAAUUAUUGCGUGUUAUCAAUAAGCAUUGAACAAUAAAAAAUUUUUUAAAAUGGCUUCACGUGUUAGACCGAUUAAAAUAACAGCUGUAGGUGAUGGAAUGGUGGGAAAAACUUGUUUAUUAAUAACAUACACUACUAAAAAAUUUCCAACUGAGUAUGUACCAACUGUAUUCGAUAAUUAUAUCGACAAUAUUUAUGUUGAUGGUCAAGAGUUUAAUGUGACACUGUGGGAUACAGCCGGCCAAGAAGAUUAUGAACGUUUAAGACCAUUGUCAUAUCCAAAUACUGAUUGUUUUUUAAUGUGCUUCUCAAUAACAGCACGCAGUUCAUUUGAAAAUAUUCUAAGCAAAUGGCAUCCAGAAAUAAAAUUUCACUGUCCGAAUGUGCCCAUCAUUCUUGUUGGUACCAAAGGUGAUUUGAGGAGCGUUCAACAAAAAGAUCUAAUAACAGUAUGGGAUUGUAAAAAAAUGAAAGAAAAAAUACGUGCUUUUAAGUAUGUCGAGUGUUCAUCUAAAUUACAAGUGGGCCUUGAGGAAGUAUUUGUAGAUGCCGUAAGAGCCGUUUUGAAAAAACCACCGACAAAGAAAAUGUGUUAUAUUUUAUAACGACUAUUUAA